AUGAGUGAAGGAGGUGUAAUUUGCGCUGGAACUAUUGUUACAGAUUAUGUUGUUGUUGUUGAUCAAUGGCCAGCCGAAAGUUCUCUAGCAAAUAUUCAUCAUCAAACGAAAACAGGUGGCGGGGGUCCUUUCAAUGUUAUUAAAGAUUUACGUUCGAUGGACGCAAAUUUACCAUUGUCCAUCGUUGGUUUAUUAGGUAACGACGAUAAUGGUCGAUGGUUAAUAAAUGAUUGUAAAAAAUCAAAUAUUGAUACAGAUCAAUUGCAUAUUGCCGAUGAUGAUACACCAACAUCAUAUACAUAUGUUAUAAGUGUUGAAUCAACAGGUCGACGAACAUUUUUUAAUCAACGUGGUACCAAUUCAUUGCUCAGUGAUAAACAUUUUGAUUUUAAACGUUUACUUGAAAAGAAUCCUUCGAAUUUAUUCUAUCUUGGCUAUUUAACAAUUCUAGAUGAAUUAGAUCGUAUUGUUGAUAAUGAAACAAUAGCAGCACAACUACUCAAAAAAGCUAAAGACUUCGGCUUAGAAACAAUUAUUGAUUUCGUUAGUUUAUAUAAUCCAUUAUAUUCGAAAGUAGCUCAAUUAACAUUACCAUAUGUUGAUCAUUUAAUUUUGAAUGAACUUGAACUUGGCUUUAUACUUAAUCAAUCAUUUCAACAAGGAACUAUUUCGCAAAUAGAACAAGCAGCAAGACUAUUAAUUGAAACCUACAGUGUACAACGUACAGUAACAGUUCAUUUUGAUCGUGGCGCUGUUUGUGUUAGUCGAGAAUAUGAUUCCACCGUUGAAUGCUUUUUUCAAGGAUCAUUUUAUCUUCCGAAAGGAUAUAUUAAAAGUGCUGUAGGCGCUGGUGAUGGGUUUGCUGCUGGUGUUAUCUAUGGCAUUCAUAAGAAAUGGCCGAUUCAAGAACGAUUACAUUGUGGAAUUUGUGUUGCUACGAUGUGUUUAAAAGAUUUAACAUCCUAUGGCGGUGUCGGAACUAUUGAGGAAUGUUUACAAUUGAAAGAUACAUUUCAAUUUCGAACACUGGAACCAACAUCUGUUGUUAAUGAUCUUGAAAAUUGA